GCACACACGCACACACGCACACACACGCACACACACGCACACACACACGAACACACGAUUUCUUUUCAAGGUUAUAAUUGGACAACUCCCCCAUCUGUCCAACUGCUAUCACAAUCGUCAGUGUCUCCUCCCAGCAGCAACAGAAGCAGCGGCUCUCUAUUUCAGUGGAGAACAACAGGAUUUGGAACAUACAGCCGGUUCCGUAUGGAAAGCACCGUCGCAAGCGGGGGUCCAGCGAGUUACUGGCGGCUUUAGAUUGAUAGCCAAGGCUGCAGGAUGGUCUCCGUGUACACCUCCUGGCCGUGGAUUACAUUGUACCUUCAUUUAUGUUACGUAUUAAACCCAGGGGUUGCACAAACUGCAAAAGAAGUGGUUCUGUUGGACUCCAAGGCACAGCAGACAGAACUAGAGUGGAUCUCCUAUCCUCCCAAUGGGUGGGAAGAGAUCAGCGGCUUGGACGAGAGCUACACACCCAUUCGCACCUACCAGGUUUGCAGAGUCAUGGAGCCCAAUCAGAAUAAUUGGCUUCGGACUAACUGGAUCGAAAAGCGCAAUGCCCAGAGAAUUUUUGUGGAGCUGAAGUUUACCUUAAGGGAUUGUAACAGUUUACCUGGUAUGGUGGGAACCUGCAAGGAGACUUUCAACUUGUAUUAUCAGGAAACCGAUUCAGAGGUGGGUAGGAGUAUGCAAGAGACCCAGUAUGUUAAAAUUGACACCAUUGCAGCAGAUGAAAGCUUCACUCAGGGCGACCUCGGUGAGAGGAAGAUGAAGCUCAACACUGAAGUGCGCAUAAUUGGCCCCCUGUCCAGGCAGGGCUUUUACCUGGCCUUUCAAGACGUAGGGGCAUGUAUCGCCCUGGUCUCUGUCAAAGUUUAUUAUAAGAAGUGCUGGUCCAUCAUCGAGAACUUGACCAUAUUCCCCGACACCGUGACGGGAUCAGAGUUCUCCUCCCUGGUGGAGGUUGAAGGAAUAUGCGUAAACAAUGCGGAGGAGGAGGCUGACAACUCUCCGAAGAUGCACUGCAGCGCUGAAGGGGAAUGGCUGGUGCCCAUCGGGAAAUGCAUAUGUAAAGCAGGAUUUCAUCAGAAAGGAGACGCAUGCGAACCGUGCGGUCGCGGUUACUACAAAACCUCUUCCCAGGAUCUCCAGUGCUCUCGCUGUCCGAUGCACAGCUUUGUUGACCGUGAGGGCUCCCGGCGCUGCGACUGUGAUGACGGCUACUACCGAGCUUUCUCUGACCCUCCUUCUGCGGCCUGUACAAGACCUCCUUCGGCACCACAGAAUCUAGUCUACAACAUCAACCAGACAAUGCUUAGUCUAGAGUGGAACCCACCGGCCGACACCGGUGGCCGCAAUGAUGUCACCUACAGGGUUCGCUGCCAACAUUGCAGCUGGGAACCUGAAGAAUGUAAACCAUGUGGACCAAAUGUCGGAUACUUCCCCGCACAGUCACAAUUAGUGGACACAUACGUGAACGUCGUUGACCUCUUGGCCCAUGCGAACUACACUUUUGAGGUGGAGGCUGUCAAUGGGGUGUCUGAUCUAAGCCGCACACAGAGGCUGUUUGCUACAGUUAGCAUCGCUACUGGACAAGCAGCAGCACCAUCAAUGGUCGGUGAGGUCAUCAAAGAAAAAGUGCAGCAGCGCAGCAUCCAGCUUUCAUGGCAGGAGCCCCGACAACUCAAUGGGGCCAUCACAGAAUAUGAAAUUAAAUAUUAUAAAAAAGAUCAGAAGGACCGAACCUAUUCCACAGUCAGGGCCAAAUCCACAUCGGCAACCGUGAACAAUCUGAAGCCCAGUACAGCCUAUGUUUUCCAGAUAAGAGCAUUCACACAGGCAGGAUAUGGAACUUUUGGACCAAGAAUGGAGAUAACGACAAAGGAAGAGGAAACCGCUGCAAUUGUUUCCAGCGAGCAGAACCCUGUAAUCAUAAUAGCGGUGGUAGCAGUGGCAGGAACCAUAAUCCUGGUGUUCAUGGUCUUUGGCUUUAUCAUCGGGAGAAGGUACGCUCUCUCAGGCCCCGUUGACUCCCCACUUUUGCACUGCGGGUACAGUAAAGCGGAUCAAGAGGGAGAUGAGGAGCUUUACUUUCAGUUUAAAAUUCCAGGCUCCAAAAGUUAUAUUGACCCCGAAACCAACGAGGACCCAAAUAGGGCUGUUCAUCAAUUUGCCAAGGAGCUGGAUGCUUCCUACGUUCAAAUUGAAAGGGUUCUAGGAGCAGGACAGUUUGGGGAGGUGUGCAGCGGCCGGCUCAAAGUACCUGGAAAGCGAGAUGCUGCAGUGGCCAUCAAAACAUUAAAAGUGGGUCACACAGAGAAGCAGAAAAAGGACUUCCUGUGUGAGGCCAGCAUUAUGGGACAGUUUGACCAUCCCAAUGUUGUGCAUCUUGAGGGAGUAGUGACAAGAGGAAAACCUGUUAUGAUUGUGACAGAGUUCAUGGAGAAUGGCUCAUUAGAUGCCUUCCUUCGAAUACAUGAUGGUCAGUUCACAAUCAUUCAGUUGGUUGGGAUGCUGCGGGGCAUAGCAUCGGGGAUGAGAUAUCUCGCCGAUAUGGGAUACGUCCAUCGAAAUCUGGCUGCUCGUAACGUCCUUGUCAACAGCAAUCUUGUAUGCAAAGUGUCUGACUUUGGUCUUUCCAGGACGAUAAAUGACGACCCUGAGGCUGUGUACUCAACUACGGGCGGAAAAAUAUCAGUCCGAUGGACCGCUCCAGAAGCCAUCCAGUUCCGUAAAUUCACCUCUGCGAGUGACGUGUGGAGUUAUGGCGUUGUCAUGUGGGAGGUUAUGUCUUUUGGAGAAAGGCCAUACUGGGACAUGUCUAAUCAAGAUGUCAUGAAAGCUUUAGAGGAGAGCUACCGUCUUCCAGCCCCGAUGGACUGCGCCCCAGGCCUCCAUCAGCUGAUGCUGGAUUGUUGGAAGAAAGACAGAGGAGAACGCCCCAAGUUUGAUCAGAUAAUCAGUAUUCUUGACAAGAUGAUUCGGAACCCCAACACACUAAAAUCACCAGUCGGAACGUGUACAAGUCCACUGUUAGGUCAGAGCCUAUCCAACGUCAGCGCCUUCCAUUCGGUGGAAGAGUGGCUGGUUGCCAUCAAGAUGGAACGAUACAGAGACAACCUCACCGCAGCUGGCUACAUUUCCCUGGAAUCUGUGGCCAGGAUGUCAACUGAGGAUGUCGUGCGGUUGGGUAUUACACAAGUGGAACAUCAGAAAAGGUUGAUGAGCAGCAUUCAGACAAUGAGAGCUCGGAUGUUCCACCUUCACCAUACAGGUGUUCAGGUCUGAUGACAGCAAACGCGGAUGAAAUGUCUAAAAAUGGAACCUCGUUUGACUCAGAAUACAAGAACAUCUGAUAUCAUACUCCUGGAGCUGCACCCAGAGUGUAAAAAAAAUGAACAGAAAGUGGAGGAAGAAAUGCAAAAAACACCAAAAGCAACAAUCUCUCUUAUUUUCUUCUUUUUUUUCAAAUGAACACAUAUCAAUUGCAUUGAAAAGAAUGUUUUUAUCUUAAUGACUAAGGCUCCUCCAUUUUCACUUCCGUCCUGGACCACCAUUAAAAAAAAUACUAAUAAUAAUAACAUUGUAUCCUGCUCCUGCUCUCAUUUUAUUUUGGAGGACAACUACAGUAACAACAGCUACACAUCUGUGCACAUUUUUUUUCUACUUCUAUUGGAUAAUCUCUCUCCCAUGAACAUUUCAUCGACAACCUCUCUGGCAACCAAUGGUAAUAUUUUUUUUUAAAUGAAAGGCUUCGUCUCUACUUUGAGGGAUUCUUUUUUUACCUCCCUCUCAUUUCUUUGAAAUGCCGUCGUGCGUAAACGCUUCAUACUUUCUUCUACUUAGUUUGGAAACAGGGUACACUCAGUAUUAUUUAUGGAGAGAACCUCCAAAAGGUGCAUUUUCUAUGGACGCGUUCGGAGUCGAUGUGAAACUCAAUGUACAGCUCUGUCUAAGGUUUUGUGUUCAAAGACAUUUUCAAUUUGACUCUUUGUCAACGUGUGCAACGCUGAUAUUUUUCUAGAUGGAACUCCUUGACUCUUUCUCAAAUUAGCAAUAUGUUAAGGAGUCAUCACAGACUUCUUUGAACCAUCCACCACCUCCUAACCCAUGACCUUGUUUUUCCUUCAUUUUGCCAAAAUGGCACACAGUUCUGUGUGUGUAUUUCAACUGCAAAUACUGUACGUAUCUUCAAGAUCAGGAAUGGUGGAAGUAUUACUGCCUUAAAAAAAACUGUUUGACAUGUAACCGCAGUGGUACCUCGACUUAUGAACGUCUCCUCAUACGAAAUUGUCAGUUACGAAAUGCCUCAAAAGGAAAAUAUUGCCUCUUGUUACAAAAGAAAUUUCAAGAUUCCAAACGUAUCAACAUGGGUAGUCGCAGCACCCAAGUUUCCUGAACGCAAAAUACUUCUAGCUGCUCUGCCAUUGGCUAUUAUCUCGCAUCUUCCUGGCAUCCCAUUGGCUAAGAGGGACCUCUACCAAAUGUGUCUAUGUGUGUACAUAGAUAGAUCUGUUUCUAUGCGGCGUCCUUGUCAUUCGCCCCUCGGCCGGUGAGACGUUCGGUAGUUUUACAGAAAUGUGAAUCUCCCAGAAAAAGUGUUCACCAGUCGGGCGAUCGCUCUCUAUGCUGAUGUUUGCCUUGGACAUUUUCGAAGGAUUGUUAAAAGCUGACAAAAGCAAACGUCCUUGAUCAGUUCUUGACAAAACGCCAGUCAGUAACCACUUCUGAGAGAGAACAUCAUCUAAAGAGGGCAAAAAAAAACCCCAAUGAGGACGCAGUUAAGUUAAAUUACCAUAGUUUUUAUUGUUUUCUUUGUUUUUUACAUUAUGCACAACUUUAAUUUAUUGGGCAAUAAGCUGGAAUAGGCUCCAGCACCCCCGCGACCCUAGUGAGGAUCAAGCGGCUCGGAAGAUGAAUGAAUGAAUAAUUUCAUUGUAACAUGUAUUUGUUCCAUAUUGUUUUGAUGCAUUUUUAUGCUUUAGAAAACAUUUAUGACUGAAUUUGGAGGGGGCUUGGAACGGAUUAGGGCAUUUAAAUGGAAAAUACGUUUCUACUUCCAAAAUUUUCUCCUUCAGAAAUUUCUUUCAGAACCAAUUAAUUUUGUAAGCAGAGGUACCACUGUAUUGUUAAAAACGCUUCCUGUGUCAUUCUGUUCGAGUGCUUGUCCAUCGAUGUGGGAUUGUUUUUUUGUUUGUUUUUCCUUGUCGCUGAAACUUGCACUGCAAGAACACAGGUGAAAGCUACAUGUGCUAAAGUGCAAAGAAGGGAUGAACUAAACUAAGCAAUAAUUACCAGGAUU